AUGGAAAAUAACAUAAAUGGACCUCCUGUAGUCACAAAUCAAAUGAUUACCAAAUGGCAAGAGGCUAUUACUGAGAAAAAAUCAUUGCGCUCUUUACGACGUAUACUCUUGGCCUUUCGUGCAGGUGCUCAUAUUAAUGAAGACGGUGAUGGAAAAUCAUUUGCAUAUAGAAUCACAAGUGCAGCGGUGGUGGUAUGUUUGAAAUAUGUGAUCCCAGUAUUUGAUCAUCAUCUGAAUUUCAAGGAAGGAGAAGUAAAAAAAAAACAUCCCAACUCUUGUAAAAAAUGGAAAAAUAUUGAAUCUUUUGUGAAAUCGUAUUUACAAAAUAUACUUCAUAUGCUUAAAAAUUUAUCGGAAAAUGAUAUGAUAUACUUUAUUGUCAAAGAAUCAGAAAAAUGUGUUCCAUAUUAUUUAUGUUUCCCAAAGUUAUCUAGGAAUUGGUUAAAGACACUUUUAGAAUUAUGGGGAUCAGCAGAAGAUAAAGUGAGAAUAGUUUCAUUUCUAAAUAUUCGUAAACUCGCGACUGUUGGGCCAUCUCCUAUGAUAGAUAUAUGUUUGAAGGGCAUUUACAUGACUUUUGUACGAAAUUGCAGAACUACUACUGUGUACACGAUAUCUUCGACAAAUUUUAUGACUAAUUGUGGUGUAGAAAUUUACGGACUUGACUUAAAAGCAUCAUAUCAAUUUGCAUUUGUUUAUAUAAGGCAACUAGCUAUUCACUUGAGGAAUUCUAUGCUAGUAAAAAGCAAAGAAUCUUAUCAAAGUGUUUAUAAUUGGCAAUUUAUACAUUGCUUAGAAUUUUGGUCACGAGUGCUAACAGCUUUUUGUGAUCAAAGAAGAAUAGCAGAGACUGGCAAAGAGAGUCCAUUGCAACCUUUAAUAUACCCAUUAGUUCAAACUGGGACUUUUAUACCGCUUGCUCCUUACCUUUUCGAUAUAUUGGAGUCACCUGAAUUACGACAAAAACCAAAACCUUCAACUUUAAAACCUCUUGAUUUUUCUCUGCAUUUAAAAGCACCUAAGUGUUACUUACACACUCGAGCUUAUCAGGAUGGUAUUUGUGAAGAGAUUAUAGAUGUACUUUUAGAGUAUUAUGCUUGUUUCUGCUUAUCCGUUGCUUUUCCAGAGUUAGUUGUCCCGGCUAUUGUACAGAUUAAGCGACAUAUUAAAAAAUCAAAAAAUGUAAAAAUGAACAAGCAACUGCAUAAUCUUGUUGAAAAGUUUGAGCAAAACUCAAAAUACAUUGAACAGCAUCGAGCACAAAUAGAGUUCGCACCAAAUGAUCGUGUUAAGGUGCAAGCUUUUAUGAAAGAGUUUGAUCAAGAAUCCACGCCGUUGGGCUCGUAUGCAAAAUCAGCACGAAAAUUAAAAGACCAACACCUAUAUGUGUUAAGCCUAUGUAUUAUAUCUACGACUCCUAAUCAUCAUAAGCUACCUUGGCCGGGAUGUUCUCAUCACCUAUUUAAGCAAACGAAAACAUCGUUAUACCGCGGGUUCUUAACCUUGCAUCGCGACCCAUACUGGAAAGGUGUGCUUAGAGAGUGUGAAAAAGAAAAUCUAGUGCCUAUAUCGGCUGAUAAGAGUACCAUUACCACUAAAUCAACUACUGCUCGCACUCCAUUUUCAGUCGAGAGUUGGACUUCAUUUUUUAAAGAGGUUCAAUUUGAUGACAAUAUUAGACGAUAUCCCCAGCCAUCUUUUAAAAAUUACGAUAAAAGUUAUGAUAUAUCAAAUGAAGAAGAUGUAAGAGGCGCUUUAAAGAAUAAUGUAUUUGAUAAUCUCCAUAUUAUUACAACUUCACAACAACCAAUAGAGGUGUUCAAGCGGAUUUCAAAAGAGGAUAGUAUUAUCGGAGUUCCAGAUUUCAUUUAUAAGCGAGCUGGCAAAUUGUUAUUGGUAAUUGAAGUGAAGACUCUGGAGAUUUCUGUUGUGGAUAUUUUACGCCAGAUUUUUGGAUAUUUAGUUAUUAACAAAUUGCAAUACGGUAUUCUUUCAACUUACAACCAACACUGGUUCCUUCGAAGACCUAAAGAUGAAUCACGUGCUCUAUAUUUCUCCUACUAUAAAUAUAGAAUCAAGAAAUCCAACAGUCUUUCAGUGUUAUGCAUUUAUACAGCAUCUAGGGCAGAUACUGAAUGCCCUAGUCUGGGAAAAACACCACCAUCAUCACCAUCACCCAAUUUUGACGAUAGUGAUAGCUCUGAUAAUAAUAUCUUGGAAUCCGAUUAUGAGAAGUUCUUAAAGUCAUCUAAAUGA